AGACGAGUUUAGAUGCAGUGCAAUAUGAUUUUGUAUUGAAAUCUGUUGUUCACUGCACAGAGGUAUAAUGGGGUCCAUGCGACCAACCGGACGAUUCCUUUCGUUUACGAAGAACAUUCCGAGGGCACAGAAACCCACUGUGGCCAGUGGGUUUCCCCAAAGUUUGUCCGGUAGUGAGACGGAUGUCUCAACGUCGAACGAGAACCUGUCCCGCGAGGAGCGCUAUGUGGUGCGACACACUGCACGCGUCGAGCCGCAGGGACAGGAAACGCAGACCCAGAACAAUAAUAAUAAUAACAACAGGAAUUCCUUAAAGGAAAGUGUGACCGGCAGCAACCGCAACUCUCUGAAGGAGUCCGUGGGCGGCGGCAACAGUAACCGGAGCUCUCUCGAUGUGUCAUCCUCAUCAUAUAACACGCUCAUCAUACACAACCAAGACGACCCAUGGCCGGCGAGGCCUACGCCUAUUCGAGAACACGAACGAACCAGCAGCGAAGUGAAGCACACCACAACUCAAUCCUCGCCAUACCAUACGUUAAAGAAGGCUGAAGCUAAGAAGCCCAGCGGCAUACCACUACCCAAGGUACACAAGGAACAAGCUGUCACCACCACGGCCAACUACAUUGAUAUUGGUGGGCAGAGGAUCUACACUAGUCCACCCGAUCAUUCCGUUCAGGAAAUAACCGAGAUCCCUGAUGACUUUCUCAACCAAUCAUCAGUCCUCAAACAUCUGGCCAAAGAGGUGGCCGGCACGCCAAGCGCGGAGCGCGGGCCCGCCGAACGAAAACCGAAGGGCAAACCCAACAAGCUUAGCAAGGAGAAGCUUAGCUUGAGUCGGUCGCAGCCGGACCUUACUGGUGUCGGCACUACAGCGGGCGUGCGCGCCGUGCCCGGCGGCUCCGAGUCCUCGGGCUGGUGCAGCGGCGGCGAGGGCUCCGCGGAGGAGCCGGACGACGCCUUCGGGGCCGUCCUCGACGCCCUAGCCGCCGAGAACCAGCAGCUGAAGAGGCAGCUCGGCGACGCGCUCGAGCGCGUCUCCAAGACCAACAAGUUGGAAGAGGAAGUGGAGAAAGUCCGCUGCGCUCACGAGGAGCUAGUCGGGUCCUGUUCCCGCCGGGAGCAGCUCGAGCGAGCCGCGCGCACGCGCCUGCAAGCCGACUGUCGCCGGCUGCACGACCUCAACCGCGCGCUCAAGCAGCAGGUGGAGUUGCUGUCGGCGGGCGUGCGCGCCGACGGCAACAACAACGCGGAGGCGCUGCGGAAGGAACUGCAGAACAGGGAGAUGCUCAUCGCUCAGCUCAUUGCCCAAAACAAGGAGCUGGCAUGCAGUAAAGAGCGACAAGAGAUAGAGAUGGCAGCACAACGAGCCACUCUACAAGAACAGCGCACGCAUAUCGACAUACUCGACACCGCGCUCACCAACGCGCAGGCCAACGUCGUGCGCCUAGAGGAGGAGUGCCGCCAUGCAGGCGGCUACGUGGAGCGCGUCAUGGGCCUUCAACGUGCGUUGGCGUCUCUCCAACAAGCUUCGGACCGCCGCGAACACACCGAGAGAAAACUCAGGGCACAACUCGAGAAGGAACUACAGACAUUGAGAAAACGCGAGUGCAACUGCGGCGAGCGCGGCGCGAGCACCGCGGGCGGCGAGGCGGAGCUGCGCCGGCAGCUGCGGGAGCGAGACGAACGACUGCUCGCGCUGGAGGGAGAGUGCGCCAAGUGGGAGCAGCGCUACCUGGAGGAGGCGGCCCUGAGGCAGGCUGCCGUUUCCGCUGCUUCGAUACCCAAGGACGCAAAAAUAGCUGCUCUAGAGAAGACCUCGGCGGAGUCCGAGCGGCUGAUGGCAGAAGCCCGCAGCGAGAAGAUCCGACACAUGGACGAGCUGCAUUUAGCCCAGAAGAAACUGGCCGACCUGGAGAGCAGGGUUAAGGAGUUGGAGUCGAAGGUAGCGGAGCGCGACGCGAUGAUCAAAGUGCUGCAGAAACACACCAGCGCCGCCUACGACAGUGGCGCCUCUCUUCGGAACAACUCCAGCCGCGAGGAGCUAGUGGGCCUGUCGUCCGGCGCGUCGUUCUCCAGCGUGGAGGGCGUGGGCGGCGUGCCGGCGCGCUACCGCCACCUGGCGCGCCGCAACUACUCGCCGCAGGAGAACUGCAGCGGUUGCGGGUUCGACAGCACGUCGCUGCGGCUGGAGUCGCAGCUGGCGGCGCUGGAGUCGCGGCUGGAGCGCCCGCCCGUGCCCGCCCGCGGGCUCUGCUGCUUCCCCGGCUUGGGCACGGUUGGAGCUCGCGGCACUAAUGGCCGCGGCGAAGAAGCCCUGCUGCUCGAGAGACAGGGCCGGGCUUCGCAGCAAACCCGUUCAUCCAGCCUACCGCCCCCGCCGUCUGCCCUGCCGCGUCCACCAAGGAAACCCUCGGCCAGAACUACGAGAUACGACCGGCUGGAACACACGAACAACAGGAAGGACUCUGACGGCUCCGGCUCAAUCGCCUCCACGGCCUCCCGCAGCUCACCACUUCCCUACGAUACCGUUCGCAAGCUUCCCUCCGUGCCCACGUCGGCCUCGCUGCCAGCGGCCGAGUCUCGCGAGUCCCUCGUGCGGCCCCGGGACUCGAGUCUGCCGUCGCCGUCGAAGCUCGCGGUGUACGCGGCGGCGCGGCGUCGCUCCGCUGAGUCAGCGAAGGAUAACAAACGGACGCAUCAUUAUCGAAUUCAGUUCUAGUCAUUGAGUAUGUGUCUUUUAAUAACGUCUUGGGUAGACUUGUUUUUGACGAAAGCACACUUAGUAGAGCCUAAUUUCUGGUUGUGAAUUUUAUCGGCAUUUAGUGCUCCUAACAUAAUACCGUCC